ACAUAAUAAUUUAAUAAGGAAAGAAGAGGACGUAAACCAACGACUCGGCGUGUGAAGCGUGCUUCGCGGGGGCUGGUCGCUGGGGGGGUCGCCGCACACAGGAAGCGUCUUGGGAGGAGGAGGAAGAGCGCAGUUCUUGGAUGUGGAGGGCUGCCAAUCAGGACCUGAUGUUCCUCUGCUCAAACAAGGACUGUCAGAGAGGCUGCGAGGAUUAAGCAGGGUGGCUGGAAGACUGCGAGGUGGGGGGAGGCUUCAAGAGCAUCACCCGAAAAAUAACACGGAAGCUUGAUCUUGAAGGUGAUUUUCGACUUUGACUUACACAGCGUCCAUUAUUACAAGAUUAUUACAAUUAUUUUUGUUAUUCCGUGCUCGGACUGAUUUCCCUCUUGCACUGUUGUUAUGCAAUAGAAUUGUGUUGGGCUUCGAGGGCAGCAGCUGGGAUUACCGAGGCUGCUCUUCAUUUUGGUGUGGAGGUGGGGGGGUAGGACCACUUUGGACGCUGCGUUGGUGUGGGUGGACUCCACUUAGAGGAGAAGAUGUCGGGUCAGACGCUAACGGACCGCAUCGCCGCGGCCCAGUACAGCCUGACUGGAUCUGAGGUGUCCCGAGCUGUGUGUAAAUCCACCACACAUGAACAAACAGCCCCAAAGAAAAAACACCUGGAAUACCUGAUCCAGGCCUCCCAGGACUCCAGUGUGAACGUUCCCCAGAUGGCCGAUACACUGAUAGAGAGGGCGGGCAAUGCCAGCUGGGUGGUGGUUUUCAAGGCCCUUAUUACUACACACCACCUCAUGGUGCAUGGCAACGAGAAAUUCCUGCAGUUCCUUUCAUCAAGGAACACAUUGUUCAACCUGGCCAACUUCCUGGACAAAACAGGCUCCCAUGGCUAUGACAUGUCAACUUUUAUCAGACGCUACGGCCGCUAUCUCAACGAGAAGUCCUUCACUUACAGACAGAUGUCUUUUGAUUUUGUCAGAGUAAAGAAAGGAGCUGAAGGAGCAAUGAGGACCAUGACCGUAGAGAAGCUGCUAAAAGGAAUGCCUAUUCUGCAGGGCCAGAUUGAUGCACUGUUGGAUUUUGAUGUGCACCCACCAGAAUUAAACAAUGGAGUUAUAAAUGCCUGCUUUCUCCUACUCUUCAAAGACUUGAUAAAGUUAUACGCCUGCUACAAUGAUGGCAUCAUCAAUCUACUAGAGAAAUUUUUCCAGAUGAAGAGAAGCCAGUGUAAAGACGGUCUGGAGAUCUACAAGAGAUUUCUGACACGGAUGACUCGGGUUUCUGACUUCUUCAAAAUUGCAGAGCAAGUCGGAAUAGACAAAAAUGACAUACCAGAUCUCACUCAGGCCCCAGAAAGUCUUUUGGAGUCCUUGGAGACCCACCUCAACACGCUGGAGGGAAGGAAGCCGUCCCCUGCCAAGGACACAGCAGCCAACAACAGCUCAGCUGCUGCUGCCCCAUCUACUGCACCACCCAAACCUGCACCACCUGGGCCCCCUGCUCGCCCCGGGCCACCUGCUAAACCCCCCCCACCCUCUGUAACACACACAGCAAUAGCCCCUACCACAACCACCAGCAGUGCCCUUGAUGACGGCUUCCUGUUGGAUCUAGACCCCAUGUCCUCCUCAGCUCAGGGCGCUGCAGCACCUUCCACUACCACUGGAUGGGGAGAUCUUUUGGCCGAUGCCACCCCAGCGGCUAGUGCCAGUGCUUCUGAAGCUCCACAAGCAAAGAAAGAAGCUGCAGGGGCAGCUGCAGCAUCAGCAGCUGCCCCUGCAGUGUCUGCACCUGCAGUCGCUACUGCUCCUGCUGCAACCAUGCCAGCACCCACCUCCCUGCCUGUUGCAGCUCCUGUCACCACGUCCGUUAGAGACAUGGACCUUUUUGGAGAUGCAUUUGCACCUUCCCCAGGAGAUGGUCCUGCAGCUGUGGCCGCGGGUCCUGCUACUGAUGCUUUUGGUGAAUCCGACCCCUUUGCUACGACUGAGGGGAGUGCAGACAUUGCUCCAGAGCUGGACCUGUUUGCUAUGAGGCCCGCUGACACUGGGGCCACCGCCAUCACCCCUCCCACCUCUAGUGAGGCGCCGACCAUCGCUGCCCCCGCCGCUGCCCCAACCCCUUCUAUCACCUCCACCACCACCACCACCACUACCACCACGGACACCACCACCACAGAGUCUGCAGCUGCACCGACUCUAGAUUUAUUUGGUGAUGUGCUUGAAUCUAUGCCUGAGCAAAGUCCCACCACAGAAUCCAAAGCUGCUACCACUCCUAGCGUAGACCUUUUUGGUGCAGACCUCCCUGCUGUUUCGCGCGGGCCCUCACCUUUGCCCGAGCCUGCUCCGGCAGGAGACAUCGUGACCGAUCCUGCACCUACUCCUACACCUGCAGCUUCUGUUGCUGCUCCUGCUCCUGCUCCAGAGGCUUCCUCUCCACCCAAAGCAGAGUCAGCUCCAGUCAUUGAUCUGCUAGACUCCUUCAGUGGGGCUGUCGAGGAGACUCAGAGCUCUGCUCCUGGAGCACCUGGAGGUGACCUGUUGGGAGACCUAAUGUCCCCCACGCUGGCUCCCACUGCGGCCCCCACCCUGGCCCCAGUGCAGAAUGAUCUUCUUGAGUCGGGCUUUGAAGUUCUGGGAACCCUUCCCUCUCCGACACCGCCCGUCCCUGCUGCAGUGCCAGCUGUACCAAUGGUGUCUGCAGCAGCAGCCACACCUGAACCUGCAAGUGCCACCCCGGCGCCCUCUGGUGGCUUUGAUGCUUCAAUGUUUGAUGGAUUAGGCGACUUGCUGAUGCCUGCUGUGACGCCGCAGAGCACCGGGGGAAGCACAACAGGAAGUGCAGCCGGGAGCAUGGGAACUCCCGUCACAAUGGAGAACAUUACAGUUGCUCCGCCUGCAACGCCUCCCCCGACCAAAACCAUUGGCGGGGACCUGGAUUCUUCACUGGCCAACCUGGUUGGAGACCUGGGUGUGAAGAGAAAGGAUCCACAGAGUGAGAAGAAGCUGACCGGAGGAGCCAACUGGACCCCCCAAGUUGCCCCCACAAGCUGGACUACACCUGGAGCCCCCAUGGCUGGUGUGGCUCCUGGAGCCCCUGGAGCAGCGCCACCAAGUGGGGCAAUGGUACCACCUAUGAGUGCACAGCCUGGCUUUGGCAUGCCUGCUACAGGAGCGGCCAUGAUGCAGCCCAUGAUGGCACAGCCUAUGAUGGGUCAGCCUAUGAUGAGACCUCCUUUUGCUGGCGUGGUCGGAGCUGCGCCUGGAGUAGCUGCUGCACCAGGAGCGCCGAUUUCUCCUGGACCUGAAAGCCAGAGUCCCAAAAAGCCCAAGGAUCCUCUGGCAGACCUUGAUCUCAAGGACUUCUUAUAACCCAUAUGGGAGCCGAUGUUUUCUUCUCCAGAGCUGGAUGCUCUCAUCGUUUACCUGGCAUCUGUCAAGAUUCGAGGAUGCCAAUGGCUCUCCGUUCUCUCUCUUUUGUCAGCUACUCAGCAUUAUAAGAGCCUCUGACCCAUCCUCCUCCUGUUUCGCCGUCCUGUGUGAUGUUGUAGCACAAACUGUGAAAGUGAACCAUAGCGAAUUAUAAACAGAAAAUGAAUAUAUAUGAGAAAAGAAUUACAAGUGCGUGCUCAUGUAGAUGUUUUAAUCUUUUGUCUCCAACUAAAUAUCACACAAAAAGCAGAAAAAAAGUCCUGAAAAUCUACGUGAGUGAAAGUGAAGGCGUAUGUGUUUGUUUAUUUAUUUCUUGUGUUGAAUGCUGGUUGUAUUUUGGUGUCCUAAGAUCCACCCAAUACUGUUCCCAUCCUCCUUUUAAAGGGGGUUGAGCACUUCCUUUGCCCUACUCCAAUUGGAUGAGAGUAUUUAACAACGUCCCUGUAGUUUUUGGGAGAACUAUGUUGUGUGUUGUUUACAGAAAGGUUCUAUUUGAUGUACAUAGACUUCUCUGGUGAAUUUGAGGAUUACGUCUCUAUUCUGUACUGUACGUGUGUUGAAGAGGCAUAGCAAUGUGAAUAUGACAUGAAGUUGUAAGAAGUCACGCGUGUAUCCUGCCGUCAUCAUUUGGAAACAAAUAUUGUACAUUGUAAGGAAAAAAAGUGUGUGAGCUUCUGAGUCACAUUUGAGAAGAAACUCAUGUUGUUUGUGGCUUAUUUUUCUAUGUUAUGUCAUUUGUCCUAUUUUUUUCAUGUUGUCCUACUACUGGACGACAAAUCUUAUCAAUUAAUAAGUUCAACGUGAGUAUAAAAUAAUAACUUUGGGAGAGAUUUUUUUUUUUUAACGUCGACUGGUUUGAAACAAUUCGACUUUCCAACUAAAUAAAUGAUUUGCUGUUUUUUUUUACAGCCUCCCGACCAGGUCUCUGAGUUAUAAACUAUAUGUUAAAUAUACUGUAUGUCCUUCCUCACUAAGAAUGUGCAGUCCCAUUGUGUACGGCCUCAUCACUACCAAGGACUCAGACAUGGAUGGGACUGUCAAGUCGGCAUCCACUUCCGUAGUAUGCCCUGUGCUGGUUUGGCCGCCAUGAUGGUGAGCAGAAUCCAGACAUUGCUUUGUGAACAUGUACUCGGUACACUGUUACUCCUUUAAUCGCACCAAUAGAGGGUCCAAAAGACCACAUUUGUCAUGUUCCAGGGUUCCCAAAGACAAAGACAGGUAUGUGUGAUAAAAACAUUGUAGAUUUACAACACUAGUUGUAAAUAAACAGGACAGCGGACAAGACUCGCAAAGUGUAUAUUGUGUGGGACUCCAACACAGUAGAGCUUAAAGCUAAUUUGUUUCUCCGGGUGAUUAUUUGAAUUCGUGACAAGUCAGUGAUGAUGAUGAUUUAGGCUAUAGUCUAUCAAAUGUAUUAACAAUGCCAUUACUGAAAUAAUAUAUGUUGCAUCGUGUAAAUACUUGCAGGUAAUUAUCCAUAUAGUAUAAGUAUUAUUACUUUGUAUGUUGAUUGUUAAGCGUUGGUAACACUGUAAGGAAGGAAAUAAGUCAAAUAAAGAAGGAGAAAGUUUCUUUCAUACUGCUGCUCAGGUUUUUAUUGAUAUCUAUCAUAUUUCUUCAGUAUAAUGGAUUUUUAUACAUAUACAUAUAUACCUAUUCAUUGUUUUAAGUAUACAACAUUCAUUUAUUUCAUCAAAGUGUACGCACAGCGCACAACUUUAUUUUACACUCAACUCAGAGCUAGUGAAUACAUUGUACACUGUUGUGCGCCUAGCCCCGCCCACCUCUCAUGCUCACCAUCAUGACGGACUUUCUGCGCCAUGUCAGCUGAUUCGACAUCCAUUUAGAGUCCUUGAUCACAAUAGUGCGUGUGUCUGUGUGUGUGUGUGUGUGUGUGACAAAGCAUCUCCACAGCCAUCCUUGCUGGAUCAAAUUGGAAUUAGUGUGUUUGUAUGUGUUCACAUGAAUUUGGACUGUGUAAUGUUGGCAUUUGAGUGGACUGUCUAAAGCCUGGACUUGUACAAAUGAGAUACAAGAAAUAUAUCAUGAUUGAGUUAUUACUACAAUUUAUUUUUGUUGUAAUUUAUUUUGUGUAUGAUGUCCUUCCCUCGUGCAUGUCAGCCCUUUUGAGAUGCAAUAAAUUCAAUGACGGACUAAA